AUGUGCCAGCGUGGGCCUCCCCCCGUCCUGUCCUCGGGGCUGGGGGCCCUGUCCCCGCCGGCCUUAGGCCGCGAGGCCGUUGUUGGGAGUGCCGGGCCUCGGGGGGGCGGCCCCCUAACGGCCGGAGCCCCCUGUAAGCAGGGGCGUCAGCCUCUUUGGCCGCUGCCUCGCGUGCCCAGCUGCCUUUGCCCAGAGGGCCCGGCUCCCCGCAGCGGCUGGGACUGCGCCGUGCGUCGCCGUGAAGCCGUCGGAGAAGAGAACGGAAGAGGCGUCGCGCGGGACGGCAGCGCCGACGCGGUAAGACGCCGCGGAGCCCUCCGAGAAGAAAGCGGCGCCGUGGAGCGGGACGGCGAGGCAAGAGCGAGGAAGAAGAGCGUCGGCUUCGUGCUCAAGACGGGGCGGGAGAAAGGCCCUCUGGGCAAAGGCCCCUCCCUGGCAUCCCGGGGCAGGGAUCCCCAAGAGCCCGGCGGGCAGCUUCCGGCUGCGCCGGCCGGCUUGGCGCUGGGCGGACCUCCCUGUAAGCAGGGCUGGGUCCUUUGGUUUGCUUGGCGUUGGCCUUUUGCCAUCGCGCUCCUGUGGCUGCCCGGAGCGAGGGGCAACCGCCCUGUAAGGAGGGCGAGAGUGCCCGCCUCCGCGCCCGAGGGGGGAAACGGAGCUCUCCCGACCCCCCAGCCCGCCCGCCCUGUAAGCAGGGCAGGGCUUUUUCCCUUGGCACCUUUGGUGCCCGCUGGCGGCCCCUGGCCGGAGUGACCCCCCGUAGUCGGGGCGCGUCACAGGC